GGCGUCGCGCGCUCUUCCCGGCGCGAGCAUGUUCGUUCCUCUGCGGUGGCUCCGCGAGUCGCCCCGUCACCUGCUGGUCUGCGAGAGGAGCCACAUGCGGCACGAGCGGUCCCGCCACGCGGCGCACGUGCAGGACCACGCCUUCAACUGCCAGGUGUCCUUUUUGAUACCUGAAUGUGGAAUAGUUCCAGAUGGGCUAAAAAAUGCAGUUGAAAAUAUUGGAGAAUUUUACCUGGUGAAGAAUUUAUCCCUUCAUGAGUUUGUUACACAGGAAUUUAUUAAUACAUUUGUGAACAAAGGUUCAUGUUAUGCUCUUACAUAUAAUACAAGGAUUGACCAGGACAAUACUGCUGCCCUGCUACCAACAGGCAAAUUAAUUCUAUCAUUAGACAAGGACACCUAUGAAGAGCUUGGACUGCAAGGCCGCCCUUCUCUGUAUUCUGGUAAAAAGCCAAUGCGAUACAUUGUGACUGUGGAUUUGACUGAUUCAACCUUCAUUCCCAACAGUAAGAAACAUAACAGAGUGAUCUGGGCCUUGAAAGAGAAAAACCCACUAAAGUUUGAUUUCUUACUUGCUUGGCAUCACACAGGAUCAGAAGAAUCCAGUUUGAUGUCAUACUUUUCAAAGAAUGAAGUUCAGUCCCAUCAUCCAAAAAUAACAUUCAGCACAUUAAAGCAUGUACAGUGUCCAGUUCUGGAGCAUACAAAACUUCAAGGAGAGCCAGGAGCAGCAUGCACUGCUCAGGAAUUCUUUGAAUGGCUGGGUGCCAUUUCUUCUAAUGUUGGCUUAGAAAACACAUCGUCUAGUUUCUUAUCAACCUAUACAUGCCCUCAGCCAAGCACAGUGGUAGAACAAGCUCUGUUAUGUACAAUAACUGGUUUUAUACUUCCACAGAAGAUAAAUCAUUUAUUGGAACAAAUAAGUUGCUGCUUUGAAGAACCAAAGUUGGCUCCCUGGGUUUCACUGAUUGUGCAUGGCUUUGCUGACAGCCCUGUUUCCUGGAGAGAGCGUUAAUUUGAAGUUGUCAUCUGCCAAAUCUGGAGUGUAGCAGGCUGGAGAAAGGUGACUGAAAGAAAAGUACAACGUAAGGAGAUUCUGUCCAAAUACUGGGAAAGCACUCCUGAAUUUGAGAGACACUGGUGAAGGGGAUCUUGUAGAUCUUCUAUAUGUCACAGAUUUCAAAAAUGUGUACUUUUACGUAACAGGAAUGUUUCUCUUCUGAUUCUGCGUUCAGUCUGCCCUUUUGUAAGUAAUGUGAAAUCACAUGGUAGUUGCAUAAACUAAGGAAAUUCAAAGCGAACAUAAAUUGAGUCCACUUCUCUAAACUUGCAUAACAUUGUCUGUUGUCUCAGGAAAUGUGAUCUGUACACACAGGCCAACUUCUGUUUGAAAAUCUCUGUUUACUGGAUAAAGUACUAUAAGGUAUUGAGUGGCCUAAACAAAGGGAGAGACUGAAUCCCAGUUUUAACUCCAUCCAAACAGGUGACUCCAUCACUGAUAUUAAUUAACACACAUGUAUAUUUCACAUAGCAGUGCACAAAAAGGCACUGCAACUUCAGGUUGCUUACCCUUUAUUCUUCAAGUCGCUGUCUGUGCAUUCACACAUACAGGCUCUCUACCUGCAUUGAGCCAGUUACAAGGAAGAUUUAUUAGCUAAGACCAUUCUGGCAGGGAACCCCUCCCACAACCCAGCAUGCAUUAUGAAAGUGAAAAGUUCUCAUGCUUUCCCUCAGUUCAAACAAGACUGCCCAGGUGGUCCUGGGACCAAAGGAGGAUUUAUAGGACCGAUUGCAAACUUGCCAGUCCAAAAUGAAAGUAGUUAAAUGUUUAUUAAGCAGGGCUGGUGGGUGGGUUGUGUGUAUGACCACUUGAAGAAUGACAGUUCCAGGUAAGUGACCUGCCUCUCGUUUGUAGUCUCUGUGCAUCAUACUUACGGGUGACUAGCAAGUCAAUCAAGUGAUUCUGCUACUGGAAUAUGAAAAUAAGCAUCUCUCAAGUCCACUGAUGCCAACUAGUCCCCUCACUGAAGGAGAGAUAAGAUGCCUCAUUGGGUGACCUCCUUGGAAAUGUUGCAUUGAGAUAAAAGAGUUGCGGUACCUUAGGUCCAGGAUCAGUCAGAGCCCUUCAUUUAGCUUUGGUACUGUGAAGUAUCUGGGGGAAGAGUCCAGGCGAGCGUAGGAGGCAUUAACUUGCUUCUAUGGCCUCCUU